GAUUGCGGCUACACAGUGCUGAUUAAGGAAGCAUUAAAUCUAUAAAGUCAGCACUGCUCCCACUGAUAGCAGAAAAUGUAGCCCACUUAUUUAUAGGAAACAUUUCGUAGGGAGAGGUUGAAUCUAGUCAGUUGGACGCAGACGAACCCGAGAUGAGAUCCCAACGUCGUAAGUUUAAAUAGAGACUAUUGAUGACGCUGGUCAAUACUCAAGCCAAACCUACUAUUUCUUCGGCGGCUGUGAGAUCCCGAACGAAAAACUAACGACAAAAGAGUAAUAGAUUCGAAUUGGCGCUGUUUCUAACAUCUAUUACAUUAAGCGUAGGCUAACCUCUAAUUGGUGCAGUGGUGAGACGACUGGACAAUGUCCUCCGGCUCGCGCAGGAGGACACAAAGAAAAUAAUUGAACAUCUCUCAGCAAUGUAAACUGCAUUAUUGGCAUUUCCUUUCCAGUGAUGAAGCAUAGACAAAUUAAGACCUGGCUUAUCCACAUCCUCCAGGAGCGACCAAAGACAUUCCAACGUGUCACUACCGAUCUCAUCAUCCACAUCGCACGGUUCUUGAUAGAGUGAUCACUGACAUUCUACCUGUAUCUUUUCACUACCGGGUGCGUCAGGUGGCGUCAAGGGAGAGAUCUAGAUAAAUCACGUUGGGCAUGUAAGGGUCUUUGCUGUGAUUCAGAGCUGCCAUUGUGGAUAAAAGACAUUUGUGGUUUAUACACAUUUUGCAGUAUUAUUUAUUACACGGUUGACCUGCAAACUAGAUUUUAAAAUAUCAAAAUCUUACAGAUUUUAACAAUAAUUGUAGGUUUCUCUUACGUACAUUAUAGUAGCACUAAAUAUGGCGACACUUGAGCAUUCUGUUUUGCAAAGUUUAAAGUGUCCGGUUUGUUUUGGUUUGCUGAACGAUCCAAAACAACUGUCAUGCACACACACAUUUUGUCCAAAAUGUAUUCAAGGUAUUCUAGCAUGCUCUGUACAGAGGAAUAUAUUAUCAUGUCCAAUAUGUAAAAACACAACAAAUGUCGCAGAUGGCGAUGUUGCGAAUCUUAAAACUAACAUACCUGUUAAGUCAAUUGUUGAUGACGUCAGGAAUAGUAAACAGCUAUGUGACGUGUGUGACAAGCGAGCAAGUGCCGCACACUUCUGUUGCGAGUGUGCUAAGAACAUGUGUAAUGAAUGUCUGCAAGCUCAUAACACAUGGAAACCUAAUCUUAAACAUAAAGUAGUGAUGGUUGAAGACAUCAGAAAGGGUAGGGUAGUCUUAAAGAGGAAGGUUUACUGUCAAGAAGAAGUACAUAAAUCUGAAGAGUACGAGUGCUCUGACAUAUGCACGACAUGUAAGAAACUCAUUUGUAUGAGAUGUCGCAUGCUCUGCCACGAGAAAAAAGGCCAUGAUGUGGAAGAUAUAAGACAGUACAAUUCGUCUUUCAAGAAAAGCUCUGAGUUACUACAGGGUACAGGAAAGAAAAAAGCUACAAGAGUCAAGAAUCAUAUGACCUGUAUUGAUAAUCAAAUCAAACGUGUCCACAAUCACAUUCAUGCGGAAAAUGCAAAGCUUGACAUGCUUUGUGAAGAAGCUAUCAAGAAAAUACAAGAGAGGAAUGCUACUUUGAAAAAACAACUAGACGAUCAGAGAGAAGAAUUAUGCAAGAGUUUAAAUGAUAUGAAAAUUGCUGAUGAGAGGUUGGUUAAGAGUAUUGAGAGUGCCAGUGAUUUGGUGAGUACUAGUUUGGAGGCCCCACUAGAAGGGGAUGUUGUAGCAAUACGUGAUUCAUUGUAUGGAGAAUUGAAAAAAUUAUUACUUAGGGAAAAUCCAAAGAAGAAGGUUGCUACUGAUGUAGGUGAUCAUGCAGAGGAACUGACGUUUACACCGAGCUGCGAUCCUCAUACAUUGUCAAUGUGGGAACUACGGUUUGUGAAAUGUAAGCCGAAAUGCAAUGUACUACUCUCAGAGAGAGGACAUAUGAAUGGCAUAGCUGCUACCAAUAAUGGUAUGAUGGCAGUUGGUUAUAGUACAAGAGGGAUUGAUAUAUUCUCUCCUCAUUGUCAGCUUCAGGAGGCAGUGAUCAAAGACGUAUGGAUCGUGGAGGUAGGAUUCCUCUCUGAUGGCCGUUAUUGUGUACGUGAUGCACAUAAUAAGAUAUCACUGUACACAUCAGAUGAAGAGAAGCAGGAUGUGACAUUCGAUACUAUAGGCUACAGUAAAGGUGGGUCUGGUGGUCUCACUGUAGACAGCAAUGAUCUGAUCUAUGUUAGCUACAGGAAAGCUAAGAAGAUCCAGGUAUUCUCACCAUCAGGUGGGAAGGCUAUGAGGGUGAUACCCUGCGAUGGGUAUGAACCAAAGCAAAUCACAAGUUAUGGUGAUUCAUUGAUCGUUAAGCAGGAUGACACUCAGAUAGCACGUAUUAAUAAAAAGCGGGGUGUUAUAAUGUAUCAAUUAUUACGUAAACCUCUGGAAAUACGCCUCUUUGCCGCUGUGAGUAAGGACAAUACAAUCCUGAUUUCCUCUGUAAGAUUCGAGGAAGGUCUGCUCAAUAUCGAUGAGUAUACCGGUGAGCUCAAACACAUUAGGAGUCUUAUAUCUGAUUACAAGAUUGAAAAACCUGAUAGGCAUUGGUAUUACCUUCAACAGUUUCAAUCAGGAGAGAUAGCUUUCUGUACACAUAAUAGGCUCUAUGUAUUCAACCUAGUUACUAGUAAAGUUACCUCGUAAGAAUAUUAUUUUUUGACCUUCCAGAGCCAAUCAAUUUCCUACUUUACAAAUUCUUAAAUUCACCAGUUUCAAUGCUAAUCUUGGUAUUUAUGUUUCAUUAAUGUCAAAACAAUAGAAUAGUAAAAGGCAAAAGUACAUAAUAUACAAUUGUUAUUACAUACAGAGGAGAGUAAUUGAAAUAUGAGACUCUACAAAGGAUGAAAAAGAAUUAAACUUCAGUUGAAGAAGAAUCAAGGUACUGUUAGAUUAUUCGUGUUUCUGAUUUCGAAAAGGAAAAGGGAAACAAGGAGGCGCGCUCAAUUUUCUGUUUCGUGAAGGUGAAGCAGAAAAAGGGAAAAAUUGAUUUCAAUUCAAUGUUAUGUUUCGUGAACGCGAAACAAAAAGAGGAAACGAAACUUUCAAUUCAAUUUUGUGUUUUC